AUGCGGUGGAUUCGAACCCUCGACUUAGCUAUCCCCAAGCCGCGCACCGUACCUCUGGACCACAACAAUGGUUACCAUGUCGAGGCUAAUACAACUGAGAAUACGGUUCGUGCCACUAUUAUAAGUAAUACUUCAACGACUAUUCCUGCCACUAUUAUAAGUAAUACUUCAACGACUAUUCCUACCACUAUUAUAAGUAAUACUUCAAAGACUAUUCCUACCACUAUUAUAAGUAAUACUUCAACGACUAUUCCUACCACUAUUAUAAGUAAUACUUCAACGACUAUUCCUACCACUAUUAUAAGUAAUACUUCAACGACUAUUCCUGCCACUAUUAUAAGUAAUACUUCAACGACUAUUCCUACCACUAUUAUAAGUAAUACUUCAACGACUAUUCCUACCACUAUUAUAAGUAAUACUUCAAAGACUAUUCCUGCCACUAUUAUAAGUAAUACUUCAACGACUAUUCCUGCCACUAUUAUAAGUAAUACUUCAACUACUAUUCCUACCACAAUUAUAAGUAAUACUUCAACGACUAUUCCUACCAUAUUAUAA